AUGGAAUCUUUUCUUACAGAGGAUUGUACAAACCUACUGUCGACGCUUUAUAAGGUGUUGCGAAUAGCGAGUUCAAUGCACGACAGGGCACCUUUGAGAACCAUGUGGAAUGAGAUGAGACCAGCUGGACUGUUCAGUGGUCUUUCGUACAUCAACAACAACAGCAACGAUAAUAAUAAUAACAACAACGAUAAUAAUAAUAACAACAACAACAACAUUGGUAACAUGUUACUCAACAACAACGUCAAAAACACCCCUAUCAUGAACAACAACAACAUUAGCAAGAGUGAUUUGAUUUCGGAUUACUUCUACUCGAGUUUGAGAUUUUCGCCAAACGCGAGGUCGCCAUCAUCGUUGUCGUCGUCGCCGCCCAACGAAAUUCAGCAGAUCGUUGAGGCUGGGAACAUUCUAGAAACUUUGUUGUACCAGCAGCAAAAUCACAUCAUCAACAACAACAACAGCAGCAUCAACGACAUCAACAAUAACAUCAUCUUCAGCAAUAACAUCAAUAAUUUUGGUGACAUCAACAGCAACAUCAGCAACGUCAGAUCAUUGAGACAUUUGAAUUCUAAUGAAUCGUCACCUCUAUCUUCUAUUGAUUCGCCUGAAACUUGCCUUAACAUCAACAACAACAACAACAACAUCAACAUCAAUAACAACAUCAACAACAACAUCAACAAUAAUUUUCCUAACAUUAUAGAGAACGUUUAUAAAACGGGAUUGAAUGGCAGUGACAUCAAAUGCAACAUCAAUGACAGAUUCUAUAAAAUCUACAACCACGUUAAUGGCAAAAAUGACUUGUACAACCACAACAACAACAACACCAGCAACAUAAACGCCAACUUUGACAACAACAAUAAUAAAAAUUAUGAUCUGUUUGCCAUUCAGAAUUUGCUCAGACAACUUAAUGUAAGUCACAUCAAUCAUCAGCCACAUUGUCACAAUCAAAGAUAUUGA